AUGAAUUACAAUGCAACUGUUUAGGUGAUAAAUGAAACCUAGUAAAAAAAGAAAGAGAAACUAGAAAACUUAUUAAACACUAAUUUUGGAUAAAUUGAACAACUUUAAAGAGAGGUUUGUAUUUUUAAGAGUAAAAUAAUUUAACAGUGUGACAAAGUAAUUUCAUCUACAAAUGAAUGGAUUAAAAUUUAUAAUCCUUUGGUUAUUAAAAUAUGAAAUUCAGCAUAUUUGAUGAAAUUGAUGAUAUUAUUUGAAAUGACAAAGUGGUAUUUUCAAAUCAGCAAAAUAUCUUUUCAGAAUUAAAUUAAAUUAAUUAACUAUAUAUUGAUAAAGUUAUUGAUUAAAUACAAAAUUUAGAUUUCAAAGAAGUGCUAAUUAAGAAUUGCGAGAAUUUAAAUCUAAAACUAAUUAAUAUUAAUUUAGAAUUUGAUAAAUAAUUUUUACAGCUAUAAUAACAGUAAGUUUAGGGAAGUUAUUUAACUUAGAUAAGAAAUGUUGAAAAAUAGCUAAACCUUUAUCCAUCUAGUGGAAUUGUUAAAAUGGUACCAAUCCACACUUUAAAGCUAUCAAAGAAUUUCAGUAUGCCUUCUGCUUUUAAUACAGAUGGAAACUUAUUAAUAACCUCAGAUUACUUAAACAAUAUCAUAGUUUGGUAUUUUGAUAAUGGAAAACAAGAUCAAAUAACAACUAUUGAGGUUGGUAUAACCCCGAGAAGUAUUUUAUUAAAUAGACAGGGUAAUCACUUAAUUAUAGGUUUGAAUGGUGGAGGAAUAUAUAUGUGGAAGCAAAUUAAUGAAGAGGAGUGGAGAGGAUCAUAAUUAUAUAUGAAACAUGAGUUUUGGAUUAAACAAUAUGAUAUUAAAUAAAGCCGAAGAUCAAUUAUUUACUGGAGGUGAAGAUCCUUUUAUAAAUUUUUGGGGUGUGGAUUACUUAAAUAAUGAAUUGACAUUCCUUUAUAGUUUAGAUUCAAAAACCAUUACUAUUUUUCGUUUAAUUUUAAUGAUUCAGAAAAUCUAUUGAUAUCUUGCAGUGUUUGUGAAUACAUAAUAUGGUAGAAGCAAUAAUCAAAAUGGGAAUAUUUAUGUAAUGAAAAGAUAAAACGAUAGUUCUAAGCCAAGUUUUUGAAAGAUAACUGUUUCUGUCUAUUACCAAUUAAUUAGCAAAUAAAUUCCCUUCUUAUUAACGAAAUUUAUAAAGGAUGUUUUAAGCAAACCGAAGCUAAAACAAUAAAAUUAAUCUAAGAUAAUGAUCGGGAGGAAAACAUGAAUUCCCCUAUGCUAUACAAUAAAUUGAAAACUAUUCUUGUUGUUAAAUCAAAGGGGUUUAUUUAUAUUAUUAGAUAAACCAAAGUUAAUAGUUUUGAGGUUGUUGGGAAAAUUGUUUGUUUAAAGCGAGUACUUUCAGAUGAUGGAAAAUUUUUGAUUUUCUUUGAUAUGCCUACAUCGAGUGUAAUUACUUAUGAGUUAUUAUAUGAAUGA